CCCAGUUCCGUUACAUUGUAUUUACAGGCUCGCGCCCGGAGGGGGAGAGGGGAAUGUACAGAUAGCGAUAGCGAGCAGCCAAGUAUGCGCACAAUCAAAGUAAGUUUAUCGAAGCCGCAUCUGAAAUACCCCACUUUGUCGGAUGGUUUCAAUAUCUGACUUGGACUAUAAUUACUUUGAGCUGCCGCGUAACGGCGUUGCCAUUGCGCGAGCCACCGGGGUGCGCGGUGGAGAAAUAUGUAAGACUUGCAGAUUUCAUGCCACGGCGAAUCUCUAGCACAAGAACUCGAGGGGAGCCAGGAAAGCAGGCUGACAGCAACACUGAGCAGCACUUCUCCUUGGCUGCGGUCGGAUAAAGGUAUGAACAUUUGGAUAUAUGGUCAUAUAUGGUAAGCGUGAAUAGGGCACUGGUGAGAUACGGUGUGCUGCAAGAACUCAUAAGCCUGGUGACGUCUGAAACCCCCCCUCGCCCAGGGCGGUGGAGAGAGGGAGGUGGCCCACGCUCCCCCCCCCCGCCAGCAUGGAGGAAUGACGACCUGGCUACCUGCCGCGGUCAGGUGUGACACAGGAUGGAGCUGAAAGUGUGGGUCGAUGGCGUCCAGCGGAUCGUCUGCGGCGUCACCGAGGCAACCACCUGCCAGGAAGUGGUCAUUGCCCUGGCUCAAGCCAUUGGGCGCACCGGGAGGUACACGCUGAUCGAGCAGUGGCGUGAGACGGAGCGGCACCUGGCCCCGCAGGAGAACCCCGUGGUCUCGCUCAACAAGUGGGGCCAGUACGCCUGCGACGUGCAGCUGGUGCUGCGGCGCACGGGGCCCUCCCUCAGCGAGCGGCCCACCUCCGACGGGGCCGCCCGGGGCCCCGCCCGCGGCCUGUACCGCCAGAGCCUCCCGCCGCUGGCCAAGCUCCGCCCGCCCGGCGCCGCCGUCGCCGCCGGCGACCGCGACCGCUCGCUCCGGCGCAAGGAGCCCAAGCGCAAGUCGCUCACCUUCACGGGCGGGGCCAAGGGCCUGAUGGACAUCUUCGGGGGGAGGAGCCGGGAGGCGGAGGCCAAGCUGCGGGCGCUGAACGGGCAGAACGCGGCGGCGGGCCCGCGGGAGGAGCUGGCCCGCCUGGUGCGCCUGCAGAAGGACAAGCUGCAGCUGCUGGAGCGGAGGCUGGAGGGCUGCGAGGCGGAGCUUCGGGGGUGGGCGGAGCUCGGGGGCGGAGCCGGGACCGGCUCGGGCCCGGCCCUGGAGGAGGAGAUCCUGCGCCUGGAGCGCCACGCCCGGCGGAACGAGGCGGAGAUCGAGGAGGAGGAGUUCUGGGAGAACGAGCUGCAGAUCGAGCAGGAGAACGAGAAGCAGCUCCAGGAGAGGCUCCAGGAGCUCCGCGCCCGGGUGCAGGAGUGCGAGGCCAAGCUGGGCGACUACCUGGCCCGCGUGCGGGGCAUGGAGGCCGGCCUGGAGGCCGAGCGGCUGCAGCUGGAGAUGCAGGAGGCCCAGCAGGUGGACGAGGAGGAGCUGAGGGCCAAGGUGCAGAAGGUCCAGGCCGAGCUGGAGCUGCAGGCCCAGCACACAACCCGGCUGGAGAGCAGCUACAGGGCCGUGGAGAGGUCGCUCGGACAGUCCAGCAAGAGGCUACAGGAGAAGGAGCAGGAGCUGGAACAGCUGACUAAGGAGCUGAGGCAGGUGAACCUGCAGCAGUUCAUCCAGCAGACGGGCACCAAGGUCACCGUCCUGCCCGCGGUGCUGAGCGAGGAGGAGGCCAUGCACCUGGCCACAGACCCGCCCCUGCAGUCUGAUUCGCUGAAGCGCCCCGGCUCCUCCCGCCAGCUGCCCAAUGACCUGCGAGUGCUGCAGAACCCCCUGUCGUCAGGAUUCAACCCCGAGGGCAUCUACGUCUAAUCCAACCCCCUUCGACAGUCUUCCAUGGGAGCUCCGCCUCCUCCUUCAGCUGUCUGCUGGCCCCGCCUCCCUGUGGGUGGGACUGUUAUCUGGCUCCUCCUCCUCCUGAGAGGUCUCCUGUCAGAUUCAACCCCAAUACAAGACAACAACCUUCUGGCUCUGCCUCUUCAGGGGAUCCUCCCCUCUGGCUCCGCCUCUUCAAGGGAACCUCCCCUCUGGCUCCGCCUCUUAUAGGGAUCUCUCCUCCCCUUUCUGUAGCAGUGACCAGGCCCACCUGUCCACAGUGUGUUGUGUCCUCUUGGAAUCGGAGGAUCCGGUUGGUGGACUGUCACUAAAAGCCCUUGGGACUGAGCACUCCCUGUUCCCUUUAACAUGUUAUCCUGCCUGUUCCCUGCUUGCGAGGGCAUCAGUUAACAAAAGCCUUAUCUGCACAUCUUCUGUCUGGAGAGGGGGCGGAGUCAGUUCUCUCUCUGGAGAGGGGGCGGAGUCUGUUUUCUCUCUGGAGAGGGGGGCGGAGUCUGUUUUGACUCCAAUAGUCAGCAGUACUCCUUGAGGGAAUAGCAGAGCGAAGAUGCUUGUGAGUUCAUAUAAGCAGGAGAUAGCUGCUCAUCAAGGACCAAUGAAGGACCGUGACAUGUGACCCUCUUCACAUUUCAGUAUUGUGAAACUUUCCACAGUGUUGGCGUGAAAAAAAAUAGCCAAAUUGCAGAUAAGAGUUUGUGAAAAGCUUGUGAUCACAUGGUUGAUUUCUGCAGUUUCACCACUAGGGGGCGGUGCUCCUGUCCUACAGAGCCUGCAUUAAGCUACCUGCCUCUGUGCUGGUGAAUAAGACAGACACAGCCAGAGCAUCACUGAUUUAUGAGUCUGUUGACACUCGUGCACAGCCUCUCCUGAUUUCCACAGGGAAAAACACAUUACAGUGGCUUCCCCACUGUUCAUUGCAGUCUGUCUGAUUGACAGAUUGAUGCCUUUUGGUUCGACUGACGCAUUGCAUAUGGAAAAAUGGGUCAGCAGUCGAUCACGUGAGAUAGGAAUGGAGCGUGGUCCUCUACGCCUCUCUGCAUUCCUCAAUUUCCCAGAAGUCACUGUGUUUUUUUUUAUUUACCUUUAUCAAUAUUAUCACAUUAUAGGCUAAGUUUGAAGCUGUAGUCUUCUCACGGUUCGUAAGCUUGUGUGGGUUCCUUAGACUAUGGCGCGGCGCCUGGAAAAAGUGAUCAAAUCGAGGCAGACAAGGAGGUUUCUUACUGAGAAGGUGUCUGAUUAACUGAGACUCUGAGCACGUGCAAAACCUUUUAGCGCAUGCAAAACUCAUAACACAACCAACCACUGGUGCACAACAAAUACCACGACCAAUCAUCGGCCACGUUAUUGGCUUUGCGUGUGCUAAAGGACCAAUCAUCAGGCCCCGUGUGUAUUACAGCAGCCGGUGGAAUGUGCGGUUAUUAUCAGUUAUUGUCAGUUCAAAUUGCAAGUGAGGGCAAGUGUAAUUCUGCCUGUUUAGGGGUGACUUCCUUAACAUCGGGAAAACAAAGUAAACGAAGAGGUUGUUUCUGGUUCCUGGCAGAGCAAAUAUCAAACAUAAAUCUGUUUUAUUUUAUGUCCAAUUAAUGAGGGCAGACUUCUGCACAUAGUUAUUUCUAAAUCAAUUUAAAAAUAUGUUGUGGAAGAUAAAAUGUUAUCUCUGUAAUUAGUUUUUGAAAGCGUGGGCCGCACAGUUGGUUUGUGGGAGUGGGGUUUUCGCAGGAAGUCUGGCAGGCAGGAGGGCAGUAAACGGCACUGCUGGGAGAACGAGGGGGCGGAGCUGCCUGUGACCAAUCGUUUCUUUUCUGCGGAGCACAGAACAUUCUUCCGAUUGGUUCUGACAGUGAUAGGUGAUUGACAGCUCAUUGUAGCUCCACCUAUUAUGGGGUUUUUGAAACCUCCUUCCUCGUUAGAAAGGAAGACUGCAACACAAAAGCAAGAAAGAUGCAGUUAGGUCUUGUGUCAAUGCGACAUAGCUGAAGGUUUUUUGCAGGUAUUUCCCACAGAAUUGGCUGUUUUUGAAGUGUUGCCGGUGGUUGAUUUUGAUAAGAUUUUUGCAUUCAAAUGACAUCAAAUAUAUCUUGAGGCAUAUCUGGAGCGACAGUCUCUCACUCCCAAACACAGUCGCUCACUCCCCAACACAACGACUGCAGCGACAGCCUCUCACUCCCAAACACAGCAACUGCAGAAACAGUCUCUCACUCCCAAACACAGCAACUGCAGCAACAGUCUCUCACUCCCAAACACAGCAACUGCAGCAACAGUCUCUCAUUCCCAAACACAGUGACUGGAGAUAGCUACUUAACCAAAGAGCUAGCUAACUAGCAACCAGGGGAGAAAGAGAUGACAACCAGUAAGUGGGAAAAAUAUGGAAAGAUAUAUUGAAGAGUGGCAAAGUGAAAAUGGCCUGAAUUUAAGAGAACAAAUAAAGUGUCAGUUGAAACAAGGUAGUGUAAUUGCAUUAAUGGCAACAAAUGCCUUUGAAGUAAAUGCAGUGCCUUCUUAUUUUCCAGACUGGGAGGCAAUC